AUGGCGGAACGAUGGGAGCGUCAGGAGAAAACGAACCAACAGGCGAAUCAGAACUUCGCGGAGCUCAACGCGAAUCUAUCGAGACUCACGGAGACUUUAGCAAGGAUGGAAGCGACGAUAAACAAUCUGGGGCCGAAUCAACGAACGAAUCCAACGGCACGCGAUGACUUCGCUUCAACCUUCGGCGGCUUUCGUGAGGAACGUCAGAAUAAUCCGGUAGAACCUGGAGAAAAUAGAACGAUAGGUUAUCGGGGAAUUCACAAUGUACUGGAAAAUAGGAUCAAUAUGCUGAAGCGGAUUGAAUUGCCUCAAUUUUCCGGAUCGAGUCCAUAUACGUGGAUAAAUCAGGCAGAGAGAUUCUUCAAGCUGGGAAAUUACAACGAUGCAGAGAGGUUAGAGAUAUUGUUCAUCACACUACAAGGUCCGGCUUUGAAUUGGUUCAAUAGAGAAAUGAACAGAGAUCCGUUUCGGGAUUGGAAAGGUUCAGUGGUGGAUUAUGUGAAUGAGUUUGAAGAACUUACAACGAUAGUGAUGGGAGUUGAGGAAGAAAAUUUGGAGCAUGUGUUCGAUCUGGGAUUGAAGCCAGAGAUGCAAGAAGUGGUCAAGAUGCAGAAACCUUGGGGUUUAUCAGCUUUGUUCAGCACAAUUAUAUCGAUGGAAGAUAGCCAUUUCUGCAAGUCAAUGGCUGAGAUAGCUAACCCCACGAAGAGAAGCGGUUCUUAUUUCCCUCUACGUUCGGCUUCUAUAUUCAAUACGCAGAGAAAUGAUAGCCCAACGCAGAGCUCGGAUAGCUUAAAAGGGGGAUCCAAAAGCAGUGAACCGAGCCAAAAUUCAAAACCACCGUGGAAAAACAAUGGAGGAAGGAAUUACAGUGGUAUAUUGAAGUUGAGUCCUGCAGAAAUAGCAGAGAAAUGGAGAUUGGGACUUUGCUAUAAGUGCCCUGAGAAAUGGACAAGGGGACAUCAAUGCCACAACAUGAUGCUCCAAGUGUUUACAGUGAUCAAUGAAGAGGAGGUAGAGAUUACAGAUGAAGAUUGGAUUGCAGGGAUAGAAGAAUAUAUGGAGAUGAUGCGAGACUUAAUCGAACUGUCACUUUUCUCGUUUCUGGGAUUAGAGUCUCCAUCGGCGACGAAGUUAUGGGGAACAAUUGGAAAGACAAAGGUGAUAGUGAUGAUUGACAGUGGCACUACUCACAACUUUAUAGAUCCUUCUGUUCUAGGCAAAACAUCUCUUGCACCAGCUAAGAACAGGAAGUUUGAUUUAUUGUUGGGAACUGGCAUCACAGUGAAUGGAUCGGGCUUAUGUAAAGACGUGUCACUAACCCUCUAG